CUGACUUCUUUCAAUAAUAAUUCCAUCACCUGAAAUUUCUCUGGACCCUUCUUGUUCCCGAUUCUAGUUCGUUCUACCUUGCAUUCUCUUCUUAAUACUAAACGAUAUAAUCGGAUCAUGGCUUCUCAAGAGCUGAAACACAGAACCAAAGGAGGACAAGAAGAAGAAAAAGAAGUUAUACAAACAGCAGAACGCAAAGAUACAGACGAAAACACAAAAAUGGACAGAAGCAGCAAAACAACAAGAAGACAGAAAGCCAAACGAGGCCUCAAAUCUUUGGGAAUCGCCUUGACCUUACCUUUGCUAUUAACCCUUUUAGACAUCUCUUUCUUUGGGUCCAGUUACCAGUACGUUUCAAUGGAGAAACCCUUUUGGAUCCCACGUCUGUGGGCUUUGCACUUAGCUUGUUUGGGUUCUGCUUUUCUGAUGGGCCUUUCUGCUUGGCUUGUUUGGGCUGACGGUGGAUUUCAUCGCCAGCCUAUGGCUAUGCUCUUGUACUUAAGUCAAUUGGGGUUAAGCUUGGCUUGGGAUCCUGUGGUGUUUAAGGUUGGAGCUACUAAGAUUGGGUUGGUUUUGUGCAUGGCUUUGUUUGGAGUGUUGAUUGCGUGUGCUAGGACUUUUAAAAGCGUGAAUCCUAUUGCUGGGGAUCUGGUAAAACCUUGCCUUGGAUGGGCUGUGCUUCUGAGUCUUGCAAAUCUUAAGCUUGUAUACCACUAGUGACAAAUUUGCUACAUCGAUCUUAUGUGCACUUAUUUCUUUGCCUGUUAUGCUUGUGUACUGUAAUUUAGAUGCGUUGCUACAUAUUAGUGUUUUAUAUUUACUGUUCUAUAUAUAUAUUUCACAUCCUGAAAUGCGUGAA